GUACAAAUACUUUAUUAGAAGUUGCAAAAGCUUAUUUACUGAAUAGUUCAAUUCUGAUAGUAGUUGAUAAAUUAUUAUCUUCAAGUAUUUCUUCAGAAAUUAAAUCUUUAACUUGUGAUGGAAAUUUACAAGUUGAUAGUCCUAAUUUUAAUUCCCAAAAAUCAACAGCUUUAGAAUAUAUUUUUAUUCAAUUAGAACAACUUAUGAAAGAUGGUGAAUAUAAAGUAUCAAUGGAUAUUUGGGUAGCUAUAACUAUAAUGUUAAGUAAUAAUAAAAUUCCAUUUUGUAAUUGGGAACAUUUAACAAAAUGGUUAAGAAUUCCCAAGAUUUGUUUUAAUUCAAGAAAUAUUACUGCACAAAUAAUUUCAUUAAAUAGUUGGAAAGCAGUGGUAUAUAAUUUAUCUUAUAGAGAUCUUGAAUAUGUUAAAGGGGUUAUUGAACCAAUAUUAAGAAAUUCAACAACAAUUGAUGAAAGAAAUCAAGCUAUAACAAAUGUAUUAAAAUCAAAAACAAGAUUAACUACUCAUUUAUUUAAUAGUAUUAAUGCAUGUGAUGCACCAGAAGAUGUAAUUAAUGCUUUACAUAAUUUAUUUUUAUCAAUCCUUUAUUCAUUUAUAAAUCCAAUGACAAAUAAUAAUAAUCAAGGAACAAAAUAUUUAUAUAUUUAUUGGGAUAAAAUUAUUCAACCAAUAAUUUUAAAUUUUUAUUUUAAAAAGGAUGCUUCAACUCCUUACAUGCAUGAUUUAGGUUUAAUGGUAUUAAAUCGUCUUAUGAGAUUUAGUAAUAAUCAAUCAAAUGAAAGAAAAUUUAAUGAAGUUAGAUGUUUAGCUAAUGAUCCAGUUACUUUAGCAGAGGUUAAUCCUUUACCAAAUAGAUGGAUUUAUGCAAGAUUUGAUAAAGUAGUUCAUAGUCUUGCUCUUGUAUUUCAACUGAAUCAUUUAACUAUUGAAAAGAAAUUUAAUUUUCUUCAAAGUUUUUUAAAUUAUAUAAAACCAAUUACUAAAAAGGAAAUUAGACCUACAAAAUCAACUAUUACUAUGAUGGAAAAUAUUUCUGUUAUGUUUUAUCAAUUAUUAAAUCCGGAUUUAUCAUUUGAAUUAAUUAAUAAAACUUUAACAGCAUUUUUAGAUACUUUUGAACCAAGUUUAUUAUUUAGUAAAGAAUCUCGAAAUAUUACUAGAGAUACUUAUCUUAAAGUAAUUGAAAUUUCAUUAAAUAAAUUUACUGAUAAUCAAAUUACUUGUUUAUUAAAAUUAAUGUUUCCAGUAACUCUGGAUGGAGCUGAUCUAAUAAUGAUAUUAGAUCUUUCUAUAAUUCAAGAUAAAGAAAAGAAUAAAGCUUUAGAAGAAUUUCUUGAAGAAUUCUUUAAUUCAAGAAUUGUAUCACUGAAACUUUCAGAAGUUGAAUCAUGUGGAGAAAUUUGUACAGUAUUACCUAUUGGAUUUGAAACAUUUAUUAAAAAAGUUGUACAAGCUGUUGUAACUAUAACAAAUACUGAAGAUUUAAGUAAGGGACUUGAAUAUUUAAAAGUAAAUUCAUGGAAAUCAGAAAAUUAUAAAUUCUUUCUUAGAUUGAUGAAGAAUGCUCCAAAUCCUUUAAUUCAAGAAUUUGUAGUUGAUAGUAUUAAAUUUAAAAUUUCUGAUAAUAAUUCAUUUGUUGAUUUAUUUAAAUUCUUAGUGGAAGAUAAAUUUUAUAGUCAAUUAUCUUGUAUUCAUCAAGAAAUUAUUACUAGUGGUUCUAAAUUAGAAGGAUUUUUAUUAUUUAAUUUCCGAGAUAUUUUCCUGCAAUAUUUAACUGAUGUUCUGCUUAAUCCAACUUUAAUUGAAGAUUUGGAUAAUUUAUUAGUAGAUAAUCAUAAGAAUUUACAAAUUAAUAUUGAUAUUUUUAUUAAAAAGAAUAUUGGUAUUUUACCAAAAGUCAGGAAAAGUUUAGGCUUGGAAUUAGGACUUUCUAAUGCAGAGGAGAUGUCGGCAGAGAUGUCGGCAGAGAUAUCUGAAACUUCUAAUGAUUCUAAACCUGAAGAAACUCAAGUUGAUGAAACUCAAGUUGAUACAACUCCUGCUGUGAAUAUUGAAGAAAGUACUGAAAAUGAAGUAUCGGAAAUCCCAUCGGAAAAAGUAUUGGAAUUAGUUAAUCUUGAUGAGAUUGAUGUUUCAUCAAGUUCUGAAGCAGUAGUCAGUGGAGAAUCAAUUGAACUGCAUGAUUCAAAUUCUCAUGAAAAUCCUGUAACUAAUGGAUCAUUUGAUAUUCAUUCGUUUACCGCAAUGUUAAAUUCCAAACUUCAAACUGCAUCUCCAUCAAAGGCUAAAGGAAGGAAACGUAAACAAAAGAAAUCGUCUGAUGAAUCACAAUCUCCUAAAGUUUCCAAAAGAGGUAAAUCUAAAGUGGAAGUAUCUUCUUCAGUUGAGUCUAUUGAUGAGAUUAGUGAAUCAGAGAAUGAUUCCUUAUCUCAAACAACUAUGGGAAACGAUUCUGAAAUGGUAGAUGAUGAGUCGAUUUCUAAUAAUUCUGAAAUAGAAACUCACAAUACUGACAAACAGACUCAAAUUGAGAUCCCAUUAGAGCAAUCAGAUAAUUCUGAAAUUAUCGAUGAUUUUGUGAAACAUGAAGAUGAUAUGAUUAUUGAAUCUCAAUCUGGAGAAACUGAUUCAGGAAGUAGUAGUAAUUCUCAAUUAGUUACAUUUGAAUCUCAAAAUUUCAAGGGUCAUUCUACUUCUAAUGAAGGUAAUGUCACUGAUAUUUCCAAAGAGUCAAUUUCCGAGUCAAUAAGUAGCUCUUCAUUAUCUUCUUCUGAUGGAUCCUUAGUUCUUGUGACUAAAGAAAUGGUAUUAUCUACAAUUGUAGAGCAUGAACCUGCUGAUAUGCAAGAACCACCAGAAGUUCCUGAUAUAGUUCCAGAAACUACUGAAGUAAUUCCAGAAGUUACUGAAGCAAUUGAAGAAACUACCAAAACAAUUUCAGAAACUACUGAAGCUAUUCCAGAAACCAAUGAAGCUAUUCCAAAUACCAUUGAAGCAAUUCCAGAAACCAACGACACCCAAGUCAAUGAAACACAAUCCAAUUCAUUGCUUAAAUCAUUAGAAACCGUGUUAAACAUUUCGGAUGAAGAUAUCCGAAACUUGGAUGCUCAAGACAAAUAUGACUUAGAAACCAAACUAUUACAGCUUAUGUUAAGAGUUCGUAAUGUAGGCAUGAGAAACUAAUCCUUUGCUAUAAUUAAAAUAACGCUUUAUGUAAAAACUAAACUUUUAUAGAAAUAACGAAACGAAAUUUUCAAAAAUUAAAAAUCUUUUUUUUGCAACUUGCCGCCCUCACCCCCACAAAUUCCAAUUGGGAAAAUAACAUGAUUGCUCGAGAAAUAAUUCAAUUACCGUUUUUAACCGAUG